AUUUGGGGGUAAGCGUUUGUGGUCCGAUCUCUAAUUCUAAUUGCGUGGCGUGAAAAUGGCUGAGCUGAAGGAUCAAGUCGAGGCGGAAAUGACGCGCUACCGUUCCCUUCAGGACGAGGUGCAAGUGCUAGCGACGCAGCGUCAGACGUACGCCCAACAGGCGAAUGAAAACGAUAUGGUGAAGAAGGAGCUGGACCUGCUGGAUGACGAGGCUAAAGUCUACAAACUCGUGGGUCCAGUGCUGCUCAAACAAGACGUGGACGAGGCCAAGAGCAAUGUGAACAAGCGUCUCGAAUUCAUUAAUAACGAGCUGAACAAGGUCAAUACUAAGAUCGAGGCCAAGGAGAAGGAGGCCGUCGGAAUUCGGACUAACAUCUCCAACAUGCAGAUGGAGAUGCAGAAGCGCGCGGCGGAGGCUGCCAAAGGCGCCGUGGCCGCUCACUAGGUCAGCAGAUGAUGAGGGGAAAAUACGUGCUUCUUUUGCUACUACAUGGUGUUUGGUUGCUGCCUCGUAAGGAAAUGUAGCGUCUAAUAUCUAUAGCUCCAGCGCGUCUUGCGAAUGCGGUCGGGCGCCGAGCAGCUCUGCUGGCACAAGCUCUGCGACUUCCUGUAGCGUGGUGCGUGCCACAGGCGUAGCAUGGAGAGUGUGACGCCCAGCCUCGCGGACGCGCACCAGCACAUAGUCGCCCGGAGCAGCGUGAACGCUCUCAGAUGUAACACUGGGCAGAGGC